CUUCGAGAGCAGGAUAUAGAGCAACUUCGCAGCCAGAACUUUGCUCUGGAUCAGAAAAUUUUAGAAACUGCCACUCCUUCAAGUAAAUCGGUUGCUUCCAUUGGGCCUCAAGGGAUUCCGGUUGUUGGCGGUAGAGGCGGUGGUAGUGGUGGCAGCGGUGUUGGAGACACAAGUGGAUCCGUAAUUGCUGGCGAAGUCAAGGGAGCAUCGACCGUGGCUAAAGAAACAACAGCUUAUGGACGUAAGACUUCUAUAAUGCUCACCGAGCCAGGUGGAGGGCUGGGAGGUCGAACCCCCAGUGAUGGUGAUCUCUCCAAAAAACGUAAGCCAGCUAAUCCUGUUGGAUCGAGUGGGACAACAGCAGAACCAACGAAGGAAAUUUCGGAUGAGAUGGAGACAUCUGUCCAAGAAAGCCUGGUGGGCAUCGGUACCACUUCGACAUUCGGGCUAAGAGGAGAGCAAGCAGUGAGCGUAGAGCUUUCGGAAGACAGCGCCUAUCUUCAGGUGAGUUUCAAGGUCAUACGGUAG